GUUCAAGGCCUGGUUGGAUGGGGCUUUGAGCAACCUGGUCUAGUGCAGGGUCUUUGAGCCUGUGGCAGGGAGUUUGGUCUAGAGGAUCUUUACGGCUCCUUCCAACCCAAACCAUUCUAUGAUAUUUUAAGAAAAAAUGUUUUGAAUCUAGUUAUAUUUACAUUUUUUCAAUUAUGAAGAAAAAUUUUGUUGAAUGUAUCACCUCUUUAUCAUUGGCUUGUAAGGAUUCUGUAGAAGAGCCAACUGUAGCGUGUGAGUGCAUUUAGUAAUUGUUUUCCAGCUUUUCUAAAAGUUUUGAAAUGUAUAUAAUGGUAUUGAACCAGUGUUUUUUACUUAUAUCUCCAUAAUGAACUCGCAGUGUUUUUCCAUAGUCUUCAGCUAGGCAAGCUGAAUUCUCUAAGCCCUAAUGAAUAACCUUUUAGAAGUGGGCUGUAUUGCCCUCUGAAGAGCCUUCUGAGAAUACUCAUGUGACAAAGCUCUCAUUUUUGGGAAUGGCUAGAACGUCACAUUUUUCUUGCUUACGAAGUUAGACACACAGUGACACAAUUUCACGUGUUCUAAUUCCCUGAAGUUUUUGGUGCUCAGAAAGUAAUGAAACACCUUUUAUAUGCAACCAUUAGAAAUAAAUAAAAGUCCUCUUUCUUUGGGGACUUAAGGUCAACUCUGUUUAUUCACAAGCUUUUCCUAAUUCCUAGAGCAGUUACUCUUGCCUUUUAGAAAGCAUAAGGGGAUCAAAAAGGCAAAGAGGGGAGCUCUAAAACUGUUAGGAAGAAAGAAAACUAUUUUUGAAAUAGAAUUAGGUAGAGUUAAGUAUAGUUAUAAAAUAUGGUGAGGCCUUUUCAAAAUACUCUGUGUCUUAGGUCUCUGAGGAGGAUUGCUGUUAUGUGUCUCACAUUGGUAAAUGCUGGGAUAUCAUCACUCAGUAGGGAAGAAUGUUCAUAAGGGAAGUAUUCCAUUCAGUUUGUAUUACCAUUUUUAGCAUAUAUCUGAUUAUUUUCAGGUAACUCCUCUCUGUUAAUUUCAAAGCGAUGUAUGGGUAAUUGAAAUUGUUUAAAGCGUUGUUCAUCUGAAAACUGAUGGGGUGCGUGUUCCAGUUGUUUUACCAGCAUUUUGUGCAGUUUUGAAUUCUGAUGCUAAUUGACUGCUGGCUUGCUUCUCUCCUGAAGAAAAAACCCAAGGUUGCUGCUGUAUUAUUAGCAUAGCUGGUCUGCUCUGCUUUUGGUCUGAUGAUCUGCCAGGUGUGCAUAGUUUUAGCAUAGCUUGUGCUGAAGAUGAAUUUAGCAACAACAGCUCUGAUUUAAGGGUGCUUUGUGUGAUUUAUUUGGUAGGUUGGCUCGGUGCACUGUGCAAGGACCAGGUCUUGGCUGAUAUACAAGAGCUCAAUCAGCUUUCUUGAAUAGUUCAUUGAUUAAGGGAACUAAACAUAAUAGAGAAUGUUUAUGACAUUAAUAAAAUAAUAAGGGGAGUUUGUUUUUUGUUUUAAAUAUAAAUGUUAAAUACACUUAAAAUUUCAAAUACAGAGUUAGUAGUUUGAAGUCAGUGGUUUUAUGAUUAUAUAUUGCUUUAUAAGCAAUGCCGCAGAGGCCAGUAGAAUUGGGUUUUGAGGAAUACCUUCUGUUAUAGCAAGCUCUCUGCAGUAUGGAGCAAUUGUGUAAAAGAACAGAAGAACAACAGAAUUUUGUUCUUGAGAGAAGCUUUCAAAUACUUUAGGGCUUAAAACAGCUUCUUUAACUUGCUUGAACAGGUGGAUGCUAUUUCAAAGAGUAGUUUUCAAUGACCAAAAAUACAAAUGUGUAUCCCAAAUUUUUAGAUGUUGAGUAUGUGAUUGCUAUUUAUCAAAUAUUAAGUACUGUAGUAAAUGAAGGUGGUUUAUCUUCCUCACAGGGGAAUGGGCUACCUCAGAUUCAGAUUGGGUGAAAAUAUUGCAUGUUUGCAGUAAGCAUUAAAUAAGAGAGACUGGGUGUACUGAUUUAAAGUUCAAGUGAGGCUUACAGGUUUUGUCUUGUUAGAGUGGAGCUUUGUCAGUAUAAGAAGAAAUGUUUACUUCCUGUGUGUCAAGUAACAAAGAAGUAAACUUGGCCCAGGAGAUUGUGUGCUCUGUUCUCUAGUACUGUGUGAAAUGGAAUGCCAGUGCUGGAAAACAGCUUUUUAAAGAGUAUUUGAUGGUAGAGAACCAUGAAGAAAUAGUGAAAACGGACAAACUUCAAAUCCUUCACAGACAUUCUGUCCCAAAGUUUUUGAGGAGCACGUUCAGGUAGGCGGGCCGCUAGUCGCGGAUUCCUCAGUGUGGGGUUUCCGCGUUCCCGCCGGGAGCGCGCGGUGCCGCUGCGAGUCCCGCGAUCCGGAGGGCGCUGCUGCGCGGCUGGCCGCCAGGUGGCGCUGGCGCUCCGGGCUGCGCUGCGCGGGGCGCUCGGCGCUGGGGCUGGAACGCGCAGUCACUGACGGCUCCGGCCGCGGGAAUGCCACACGCACGGCUCUCACCGGCAUGCUUUAGGGAAAUCCUUUUGCCAGGAUUUUCUUCUCCCGAGAAGUUGAGAGACUUCAAAAACAAAAUGUAAGCAAUGAUUAUCUACCGCUGUAGAAUGCAGCAGGUGGAUCUGUGAUUGGUCUCAUGUAGUUGUUUCUAAUUAAUGGCCAGUCACAGUCCAGCUGUCCAAACUGUCUCGGUCAGUCACAAAACUUUGUUACUCAUUCUUUUCUAUUCCUGUCUCACCUUCUGAUAAUUCCUUUCUUUUUAUUCUUUUAGCAUAGUAUUAAUUUAGCAUUUUAAAUAUAAUAUAUAUGAUAAUAUAAUAAAUCAGCCUUCUGAAACAUGGAGUCAAAAUUCUCAUCUCUUCCCUCGUCCUAGCUGCCCUGAAAAACCACACAUGGUAUGGUACCAAGCAAGCUUUUAAACUGUGGAGUGGAAGCUGAAGCUUUCUAUCAAGGAAAAAAUCUUUGAAUAAAAGGGCUACAAAAUAGUGGGUCAUGGUGCAAUAAGACCAAAAAACCCCCCCAGUAAUCUUUUUUUAGUGCAACCUGGUCAUGACAGAUUAUUUAUCUCAUAUAUAUGAUGUAGCAUGGUAAUUCAGUAUUUAAGUGUAGAACCUCAUUGGGGCUUCCAUAUACAUCUGUAAUAUGUUUGUGUAUUGCGUGUUGGUAUUUGGACAAAUAUUUCACUGUUAAUGCAGAAGCUCUAAAGGAAACGUGAUAAUUUGUAACCACUAAAUAUAUCUUGUACUGGAAAAAUAUACCAUGACUACUGUGAUAAAUCUUUAUCUUGCUCUGAAAUAAAUUCUUGGUAUUCCAAUAUUCAAUGCAUUUCUAUUAUAUCCAUAAUUCCCAUUUGAAAUUUGCACAAGUUGUUAAAAACUUUUCAAAGCAGUUGAUAAGUUUAUUAGUGCUAUCAUCAUGUGGCUGCAUGUGGUAACAGGAAGCUAGACUUACUGGUUGAGAAAAGUUUCUGCUGUUCUUCUUCCUUUAAUCAAAUCUUUUUCAAUGAUCUGUCUCUGGAGAUUUUCACCAUGGUGCCAAUCUUCAAAGGGUGUGAGGAAAAUGCCUGACCUGGUUUGUUCCUUUCAUGUGUCACAGAUAGGGACAGCUGAACAGAAAUGUCUUAGUUGGAACAUUGUACUGGCUUUAGUCUAGUGAGGGGCCUAAAAUUGCUUAUUCAUGCUAUACAUGACAAUUUUAAUUAACUGACAGAAUUGUACAUCUGUAAGGAGCUAAAGACAUUCUACUGGUUGAAUAUUUGGUAUCUCUAGAACAGCUUUGUGCAAUCCUCAGUGGAGUAACAGAACACUCUAGGAAUUGUGAGAAGUAGGUUUGGGUUGGUGGGGGAACUCUUUAACUUGUAGUUCCAUAAUCAUGGGCUCUUGUCUGUAUUUCAUGCAGCACAGUUGGCCACUUCCCUGUCCUCACUUGUUCCCAGGAAUGGUCAUCCCUGUUCGGGGGUGCUGGGGACAGGCAGUGCAGGGAUCAGCCUUCCCAUUGCUGGCUGCCUGUUCUACCCCCUGCACAGACCUGUCAGUCUGGCUGGGGCUGUUCUGUUCUGCUACAGCACUUGUGCUUCAGGUGAUGCAGUAAAAAUCCCCACUUCCCUUUAUCAAAGGGAACAUGUGUAUUAAUGUUGUUUAUCCAUUUAAAGCACUUGGAGAACUCUUGUGGUUACAUCAACUUAUGUCAGUGAAUAAAACUAUGACUUCAUAAUAUUAUGACAUUAAAUGCAAAUGAGUUACUGUUUUCCUGUCUCUGAACAAUGAAAUGCUUCAAACUGAGGUGAAAUACUGUUCCCAUUGAAUAAAAGAUUGAAGUUUUACCCCCAAAUUCUAACCGAAGGAAUCUUUUUGCCCUGAUGAAGCACCCAGGGAAUAGCCUUGAAGCAGUAGCUGUGCCCAGUGCCAGUGCCCCUGUGCUUUAUCUCUGCUUACCCCUUGCAGUGUCAGAUCUGGGAGAAUAUAUUCAGGCUCAGUUUGCAUUAGAGUGCAAGUAGUCUUUUAUUAGAAUAAAAGCAGUAAGACAGAGUUUACCUUCUUUGGCUCUGUGAUCCUCUGUUGGAGCUUGUGAUGGUGUAUUGAGCAGGGAAGGAUCACUCUACACCUUCCCUGUUCACUGCUGAGAGAGGCAGUAGGUUAGUUGGGUGUUUUUUUGACUUAUGCUGAGUGCCUGUAGGGUAAGAAAUAUGUCCUUUAGCCUUUCCUCUCCUCUUGCUUAGAAGCAGCAGCAGCUUGUGGUUUUGUGCCCCAUAUCCUGAGCUUUGUGGACACGUAGUUUCAAAGAAAAAUCUAAUUGUGCGUCAGCAGUACCCCAACCUUUGCUGAGACAGGCUUGGUAAUCCUAGCACAGCAGUUCUGCUGACUACCUGCACUGUCUGUGAAAUAAAUAUCUUGUGCCCACUCGGUGUAUGCCUGCUUUUUUUCACAUGUUUAGUCAUCUUCGGAAAAGUAUUUCCAGGACCUAAUGGUAUUUAAGCUUAAUGGUUUUAAAUUAACCCUGAUUUGAAACUGCUUAUCUAUUAGUGCUGCAGUGCUGUGUAAUAGCCCUCUUACCCUGACUGUGGUAUCACAGCAAUGAGCUGUGGCAAGGUGGUACUUUUUCUUAAAAUACCUUCCAGGAGUGAGAGGAGAAAUUGGAACUUGCUCUCAUUUCUGUACUGGCAAAACAUGGCGAAACUGUUCUGAAGAGCAGAAUCAAUGAGCAUGUGGAGAAAUGAGGCAUGAGAAAGCAAUUGCAAAGAGAAUUUCUGCUGCACAAAUCCCUUAAAACAUAUGCUUAAAGAUAAUUUUGUUGAUGUAGGUUCCUAGGUUUCCUUAGAUGCACACAAUGGACAUGCUCAAAAAAAGAUUAUGGAGAAACUUAAGAUGUCGUGAAAUAAGAAAAAAAAGUAUUUUGGGAUUUAGUUGUUAAAAAAAACAAAAAACCAAAGCAAACAAAAAUUCUCUACCAAAACCAAACCAACUACAGAAUAAAAGUAAAGGGUAAGGAGGAAGAUCAGUAAUCAUGGAUGGAGGUUACCAGAAGAAUCUUGGAAGAACCUGUGCUCUCAUUGCAUCAUCUUAGAGGAAUAAGAGCUCAGGGUUAUAACAGAUUAAUGGAAUAAUCAUCUCAGUACUCAAUUUACAGUCAAAAAGGCAAAUGGAAUACAAGGAAUAAUCAGCGAAGCAAAUGGGAAUAAAACUGUGUUAUCUUAUCACUCCAGAAAUCUCAAGCAUUCAUUAUCUUGAUUAAGAAGGCAAAUUUAGAUACUCAAAGAAGAACAACAAGAAUGGUCAGAGAUAGAGGGCAGCAGCUGUGAAAUGAAGAAUGAACUAGUUUGACCCCCUCUGUUUGGUAAAGAGUUGACUCAGGAGAUACCAAUGAAACUACAGCCAGUAACACUGAGUCUCUAAAAUGAUGAAAUGACUAGGGAAUGGUUAUUUCAGAAAUUAAAAUUUAUAUUCAGUACUAUAGAUUAGCAGGUGAUAGUUGUUUUAUAGCCUGUAAACACAGUGAUCUACAGUCAACCUCUGACUUUGAAAUAAUCUUUCAGCUGCUGGUAGUCUUUUGGUUUCUAGCUGUGCUGACAAAGCUAUUACAGCACACAUUGCUUGUUUCUUCAACUGCAAACAAGCACCUUUAUUUAAUUCCUUCCCAUUAAGCUGUAUGGAAAUGGGUGUUAUAUAAACAGGCAUAUUUACACAUCCUUCCUUCAAUGCUAACAAUUCUCCUUUCCAUGUGAACCCAAAUAUUGUGCUGAUAAUAUUAAUAGGUUCCCUCUUUUUAUCUCCUGCUGUGUCUUCUUUCCAGUUCCUGUUUUCUCAAGUGCUUCUCCAGCAGUCUUUUAGAGCAUGUGGAGCUGCUAUUAAACCAGCCUUCUCUGUUAAUUGGGAGAGUUUUCCUGCUCUUGGGAAGGCUAAUGGCCUUUAUGAUUUGAACUGUGGCGGUUCAGGGUUAGCCAACAGUUAAGGUAAUUUUGACUUCCUAUUUGCCCCAGUAGUUUUUCUUGUGCUGCUCCAGUCUGAGCAGAUAGGGGAGAUUAACCUGAAGAUACUGUUUCCAUUUAGAAAUCAAAGAUCAGUUGACAUGUAAUUUGCAUGUUGGGUUAUGAUUGUGAAAAGGUUGCAAUCUGUUACUUUUUUCUAAAUCGAGAACUUUGUAAAGCUUUGCCAUCUCCAGCAGAAAGUCAGUGCUUCUGGUGUUAGGAACAUACAUAGAAUACUGGGAAUUAUAAAGAACUUGAAGACACUCUCAGGCAUACUUAUUUUUAGACUAGUAUCGUACUUCGGUGGUCACACUUGAGAGGAGCUGUUAUGCAGUCUUUAAUUAAAAUGCAAUGCCCAAGUUCUUGAUAGGUUACUGAUUUUAAACUCCUGUAAUUGAAGAAUGUGGAAAUGCAUGCAAAGGUGUCAGUUUGUGUUUUAUAGGAAGAAGCAGUUGACCAAAUCUGCCUGGUUCUCUGUAAGAAUCUGCUCAAUAAAUUCUUGUCAACAGAGACAAGAAAGAAAAACUGUAGCAGAUGGACUGUGGAUUAAUCCAAACACUAGAACAACCUACGAUACAGUAAUCAACAUCAAGUCGUCCUAGAAAGGGGUUGCUCUGUUUUCACCCGAGAUCCUCCCUGAGCUCCUGGUGCAGCUGGGUUCAUUUUGAUGACUGAAGCAAACCUAAGGAGACUUGCAUUAAACACAAGAUGUUUUUGUCAGUCUGGCGUGCCAAAAAGAUGGGCAGGAGGUUCAUGAGCAGGGUGCGGAAGACCAGGCAGUUUAAUCUGCCCAGAUUGCCCACAGAAGCUGUUCCUUCCUCUUCUCCCAUUGUCCCUGUGAUCCCUGUCCCACCAGUCCCUGCUGAGACCAUCCCAUCCACCAUACCACAGGCAAAUCCCCCUCCAGUGCUGGUGAAUACAGAUUCUUUGGAGACUUCAACAUAUGUCAAUGGCACCGAUGCAGAUUACGAGUAUGAAGAAAUUACUCUUGAAAGGGGAAAUUCAGGACUUGGCUUUAGCAUUGCAGGUGGUACAGACAACCCACAUAUUGGGGAUGAUGCAAGUAUUUUCAUUACAAAAAUUAUAGCUGGGGGUGCAGCUGCACAGGAUGGAAGAUUACGGGUCAACGAUUGUAUCCUGCGAGUAAAUGAGGUGGAUGUUCGGGAUGUGACACACAGCAAAGCCGUGGAAGCGUUGAAAGAAGCGGGAUCAAUUGUACGAUUGUAUGUCAAAAGAAGAAAACCAGUCACAGAAAAAAUAGUGGAAAUCAAACUUGUGAAAGGCCCCAAAGGUCUUGGUUUCAGUAUUGCUGGUGGUGUAGGAAAUCAGCAUAUACCUGGGGACAACAGCAUUUAUGUAACCAAAAUCAUCGAAGGCGGGGCAGCACAUAAAGAUGGCAAACUUCAGAUUGGAGACAAACUUUUAGCUGUCAACAGUGUUUGCUUAGAAGAAGUUACUCAUGAAGAAGCAGUGACUGCCUUAAAAAACACAUCUGACUUUGUUUAUCUGAAGGUUGCAAAACCCACCAGCAUGUUCAUGAAUGACAGUUAUGCUCCUCCUGACAUCACAAACUCUUAUUCUCAGCCAGUGGAUAACCAUAUCAGCCCAUCUGCCUACCUGGGGCAGUCCCUGCCCCCAGCAUCACCAGGUCGAUAUUCACCAGUUCCCAAGGGAAUGCUUGGAGAUGAUGAGAUCACCAGGGAACCUAGAAAGGUUGUCCUACAUCGAGGAUCAACAGGUCUUGGUUUCAACAUUGUUGGAGGAGAAGAUGGAGAAGGAAUUUUCAUCUCUUUCAUCCUCGCAGGAGGGCCAGCUGACCUGAGUGGAGAGCUUAGGAAAGGAGAUCGUAUAAUUUCUGUAAAUGGAGUGGAUCUAAAAGCAGCAACCCAUGAGCAGGCAGCAGCAGCCCUGAAGAACGCAGGCCAGGCAGUGACUAUUGUAGCUCAGUACCGUCCAGAAGAAUACAGUCGUUUUGAAGCUAAAAUCCAUGAUUUACGGGAGCAGAUGAUGAACAGUAGCAUCAGUUCAGGGUCAGGAUCUUUGCGAACCAGCCAGAAGAGAUCCCUCUAUGUCAGAGCUCUUUUUGAUUAUGACAAGACUAAAGAUAGUGGCCUUCCGAGUCAAGGAUUGAACUUUAAAUUUGGCGAUAUUCUCCAUGUGAUUAAUGCUUCUGAUGAUGAAUGGUGGCAAGCACGGCAGGUAACUCCAGAUGGAGAAAGUGAUGAAAUUGGAGUUAUCCCAAGCAAACGCAGAGUUGAGAAAAAAGAACGAGCCCGUUUGAAGACAGUGAAAUUCAAUUCCAAAACAAGAGGAGAUAAAGGGCAGUCAUUCAAUGACAAGCGUAAAAAGAACCUCUUUUCCCGAAAAUUUCCCUUCUACAAGAACAAGGACCAGAGUGAGCAGGAAACCAGUGAUAUUGACCAGCAUGUAACCUCUAAUGCCAGCGAUAGUGAAAGUAGUUACCUUAUCUUGAUUACAGAUGAGUACGGGUGUUCAAAAGGUGGCCAGGAGGAAUAUGUGUUGUCAUAUGAACCAGUCAAUCAACAAGAAGUCAGUUACACUCGACCUGUGAUUGUUUUGGGACCCAUGAAAGACAGAAUAAAUGAUGACCUGAUCUCAGAAUUUCCAGACAAAUUUGGCUCAUGUGUUCCACAUACUACCAGACCAAAACGAGAUUAUGAGGUGGAUGGACGUGAUUACCAUUUUGUCACUUCUCGAGAGCAAAUGGAGAAGGAUAUUCAGGAUCACAAAUUCAUUGAAGCUGGCCAGUACAAUAAUCAUCUUUAUGGAACAAGUGUCCAAUCAGUGCGAGAAGUAGCAGAAAAGGGUAAACAUUGCAUUCUUGAUGUUUCUGGUAAUGCGAUCAAAAGGUUGCAGAUUGCCCAGCUGUACCCAAUCUCCAUUUUUAUUAAACCCAAAACAGUGGAAAAUAUCAUGGAAAUGAAUAAACGCUUAACGGAAGAGCAAGCCAGGAAGACAUUUGAGAGAGCCACGAAACUGGAGCAAGAAUUUACUGAACACUUCACAGCUAUUGUCCAGGGAGACACUCUGGAAGAAAUCUACAACCAAGUCAAACAGAUCAUAGAGGAACAGUCUGGUCCUUACAUCUGGGUUCCAGCAAAGGAAAAAUUAUGAAAACAGAUUUUUAUUUUUCAUUUUCUAACUGACAUCACCUACUACAUCUGACGACUCUUAAGCCCUUCCAGUGGAGCCUGCCUCUAGUUCUUUCCAGCGUGGUUCAUACCCUAACCAUCACAUUCUGCAGUUCCCAUAAUGCUUUACAUUUGGUGUCUCUCUUAGUUUAAAUGAUUUGUAUUAUUGUGUGUUGUUGGUUUGCCAUUUUUUGAACAUGACAGUGGAAUGGCCUGACCAGCUAUUAGUUUAGGGUGGGGGUGGGAGGGAAUUGCUGGGUAAAAUUCCUUAAUGUUUAAGGGAAAGUAACUUUCAAAGAUUUUUCAAAAAAGCUUUAUAGACAUUCUUUUAAAAUUUCAUAACAAUUGAAAGAAAAGUUGUAUUCAAGGAAGUUGUAAAUUAUGAGUAACUUUGCACGCUUAACUUUAAUAGCAUGGUUUGGUCAGGGCAAUCAAUUUCAGGUUUUAUUUUCUGAGUUCAAUCCUAUUGUCACGGUAUCUUUUUUUCUUUCCAGGCAGUUAGAAAGAAACUUUUAAAUUUUGAGUUAGCAUUUUCAUUAAGUCCCAUUACUACUCCUAAAGGGAUAUUCAUUUUCAUAAUUUCAUACGGAUAUUCUUAUAAUCUAUUUUUUCAUUUUUUGCCAAUAAAAUUGCUAGGGACAAAGAUGUGUAAUGUUUUUAAUCUUCCUCAUGAAACACUAUUUAUAGUGUGUUACAGAAAUUCUUUAUAGAUAAUGGUCAUCACACUUUUUGAGCCUAAAAAUAUGUUUAGGUGCUAGGAAACCUUGUAUUUUUCAGAGGAAUGCCAAAUUUGCAUUGGCAGUAAUUCAGAAAACAGCUGCAGAGAUGGUCAUUAGGGCAAUGAGAGAAUGAUUCAUAGCCUAAAAAUGUGUGUGUUCUUAGGGGUCAGAUUUUAAUGAAUAUUUUACCCACAAUAACUGCCUAUUUUGUUAUAAUAAAUAUAUAUAUAUUAAACUUUCUUUAACUAAACUCUGUAACUAUGGGAAUUAUUUUCUUUACAUAGUUGCGCACACGUAUAAAUAUAUAUAUAUAAAAUAUAUAUUUUUCUUUUACCACCUACUCCUAGCUUUUUGUUUUGAAUAAAAAUAAAAAAACAAAUUAGAAUUUACCUUCCUUAAUCACGGAAAAAUCAAAUGGGCUGUGAUGGCUGGGCAUGAAGUCCAGGGAAUAUUAGUACAAGAAAAAAAUACAUGCAAGUUCUCCUCUUUUCUACGCAAUUCCGGGUGUUUGUUUUCCCCUGUCCCCUUUGUAAUAUGCAUGUCUUAACCAAAGGGAGAAUUCAGAGUCAACGAUAUAUUUUUUUUCUGUACGUGUUUGUCUUGGAUUGCACAGGCACAAGAUCUUCCAUUUGCAAUGCACAAACUUCUGUGCUGAAUGUUAUGAAUACUUUGUACCAAAACUUUCAACAAUGAAAUUCUCAAAUUCCCGUAUUAUUUGGUACCUGCCAUUGCUUGUUUGCAACUGAUUGUUUUUUAGAGGGAUGUAUUUAUGGCAGUCAUGGGCAGUCACACAACCAAAUCAGCUUUGGUUUGUAAAGAAUUAUCAACACUAUCCAUUCCAUUUGUUAGAAAGAGGAGAACAGCUAAUAAACUUUAUUGUACAAUA